AAAAUAAAGUGGUUUUCAUUCUUUAAAAUUAUUUAUUUAAUUUAAAAAAAUAAAGCCUUGAUAGCCUUUACUAAACAUUUCAACAUCUAAUCGACAAAUGAAAACUAAAAUCUUUUAUCAAACAAGUAAUCCUGAGCAUCAGAGAGAUUCUAUGUCCUCUUCGGUCAUUUAUUUUUAAUGUGACAUUUAACUAGUUUAGUUGUAUGAAAUCACCAAUAAAACAGUCCAAAUUAUAUUAACUUCUUUUACAAUAAUGAAUGUGCGUACAACACUCAACUUACAAAUCCGUCUGACCUUAACAAAAUAAAGAGAUCCCCUUUUAAAAGGCACAGCAGGAUGGGAAAGCUUCCUAAAGCUGCGGAAUUUGUCACCAAACAUCUAGACAAGAUCUAGCCACCCAAUUACCAACCCCGUCAUACUCCUGCGUUGCCUCGGAAAAAAAUCCAUUUUCCUAACAUUUAAGUCUUCUGCAAGGGCUGCAUCGGCGUCACCUUUGCCACGUAUACCCACCUUUUCGGUUCGGAUUGAAAAAAGCACAAAAGAAAACCUCAAAAACAUAGAAAAUAAUAAACCAUACCCGUACGUCAGCCAGACGCAGGCUAGCGGAAUGAUCAGAAUAUGCUUGCAAACGGAGGAAAGGGUUUGUCGUUUUGAUCACCCGAGGCCACGUUUGUUGCAGAUCAGCAACAGCAAAACAGCAACAGGCAAAAAAGAAACACUGAAUAUUACUCGAACAGACCCCCCUCGGUUGGUAUAAGGGGAGCACAGAUGAACCGUUCUCCCUUCCCUUUCGGACUAGCACCGACAUUGGUACUGAAGAAGCUGUAGCAAAAACUCAGCAGCAUCUUCGUUUGCGAUCCGAGUGCGAUCGGUCGGUUCCCUCUCCACGAACCUGGAGAGCGCCGUGCGCGGUGAAGACGGUCGGUCUUAGGCGCUUCCUUUCAUUUUCAGCUCGCAUCACUUCGAUACUAGCCACAGGAAAGUGCAGUCGAGCUCGGGAACAGUUCGAGCCACCAGUGUGCCUCACGGAUGCCCACCAGUGUUAGACAUCCGGACGCCCGCUCGAUUUCUGUUCAAAGAGAUGCAAAAUCUGAUCAUGCGCUUAAUAGUGACGACGUUUUGAGUGUUUAUAAGAUUUAGUGUUUACUAAAGAAAAAAAAAACCCGAAAUUAAACAAAGCAAAAGGAAAAGUGGUUUUUAUUAAUAAUCGACGUUACGUUUAGAGGGAUAGUGAUUGAGGUUGUGGAUUUUUUUGGGCCCAGCAGAAGUAAACAAAAACCGGCCACAAGCUUUCGUAGCGAAAGUGUGGUAGUGUGCGAAAGUUUCGGCUUGCUUUGCCUAACAGAAAGCAGUGGUGUGUUGAAUUAUUUGCCCUCAUAUUAGUGUUCUGUCCCGUUUGGUGCAGUUGGAGCAUAUUUGGUGCAGGAAACACGCAACAUAAUGGAGCUGAUGCAGCAGCUUACACUUUGCACGGCUCUUCUGAUGGCCGCUGCAAUCGUAAGCAACAAUGGACAGUUCCUGCCCGGACCGCGCUACAGCCUAGACAACAUGCCCAAAACAAGCUUCACCUGUCGGGACAAAAUUCUCGGCGGAUACUACGCGGACUCGGAAACGCAAUGCCAAAUGUUUCACGUUUGCGUGAAGGUGGCCGGUGUCGGUGUGCAAGAUUUCCGCUUCCUGUGCCCCAAUGGUACGGCUUUCGAUCAGGAAGCUCAGAUCUGUGCCGAUUGGGGUGAUGUCGACUGUGAGGCGGCCACACUGUACUACGGUAGUGAUAACUUCGACCUAUACCGGUUGGGUUCCGGAUUCGAAAGCAAGCGGGCCCCAUUCGCCGAGGAGGAAGAGGCCACCUUCCAUCUGCAGCGUGCCGAAACGAGCGAUGCUCGAAGAAGCAAGCAGUACAUUGUUAACCAGAGCUCCAAACCACAGCAACCGCCAAGCCUGAAUCAGAUCCCUAGCGUACAGAAACCAGCACAUCCGCAACAACCUCAGCAAUACUUCCGUCAACCGGUGGCACCGUCAACUACCACGACGACCACAUCCACCACCACUACAACGACCACUACCACUCCAUCCACGCCAGUCGAACACAUCUUCUACAAAACGAGCCAAGCGCCUACAAAGCUGCACCAGAAACAUGUGGAGCACAAGCAACAUCAGCUACUGCUGAACCAGCAGCAAUUACUCCAAGCUCAGCACUAUCGGCAACUAACGGCGGCUGCAGCAACCGCAACUCCUGCCGAUCGUCGACCUUCGGUGGACGAAAUUCGUACCACGACACCAUCUUUCACCAACAACUUUGCUCGAUCGCAGCAUCAACAACCCCAGCAGCAGCAACAGCAACGACAACCUCAGUUGCAACAACCACAGCAAUCACGCGCAACGCAGCACAACGACUUCAACAACGAUGAGAUCUUCCGUGGAUCGCAUAGUUCGCAUUUCUACAACAACCGGAACAAUGGUAAGGAAGACUACGAGGAGGAACUUUACCGGAAGUCCACGACGACAGCUCGGUCAACGGUAGCGGCGGGAACGAAUCGUGCCGGAUCGUCCCAAGCUGGCACUCGCGGACGUAAUCGUGGUCGGGGAAGCGUCCGUGCACAUCAUCUGAACGCGCUGCGCAAUGAGAUUAAGCCCAGUACGAGCACGACGCCCGCUAGUGUGACGAAAGCUCAGCAACUGCAGCCAAAUCAUCAGCAGUACAAUCACCAGCAACAGUUGCAACAGCAACGUCAGCAGCAGUACCAGCAGCAACCACAACAACAGCAACCACGACAACAAAAUACUAAGCUUCAGACGACGACACCCGAUGACUUUGUGGAUAUUCCGAAGAUCCCCAACUUCCGACAGCAGCCAACCACUGUGCUGAAACCGCAGCAAUCUUCCGCACAGGUUCCAUCAUUUGGACAGGCCAUCAUCUCUACACCGGCUCCCUUCGCUAAGCAACCUCAGGUACAGCCGCAAAACCGAGGCAACGCUCAGUUCUUCAAUACGCAUCAGCAACAGCAGCAGCUAGUGACGAGCUCCACCACCCAAGCGUCACCUCAGCCAGCCCAGCGUUUCGGUGGCAAUCCGCCGGCUACAAAUAACUUCAAGAUCACCGUCACAACGCCACAGUACGAUCGUAACAACUUCAACCAGCCACAGCAACAAUCGUUUAACUUCAACGGUCAGCCACGCCAGCAGGCACCGAUCGUCAGCACUACGUCUGCUGCCCCUGUGAACAAUCCGUUCCAGUUCUUCGGUGCCCAAACGACGACCACCACAAUUCGUCCACGAAGCACCUUCGAGAAUCGGGCAACGGAGCGUUCGUUUGAUGAUGCUUCCGUUACCACACCUCAGGAAUCGCAACGUAUCCGACCUCAGUCGCGUACAUUCAACGUCGAUCCUAACCGUUUGAACCAGUUCAACUACAACGAAUAUCAGGGUAGUCGCACCAGUACCACCACCACGACUCCGGUUCCUCCGACGACAUUCGCUCCGGCCCAGCAGAACUUCCGUCAGCGAGCACCUCAACAAAACUCCUUCCUGAAUCCAUUCUUCAGCAAUCCGUCAACGGUGGCACCAUCCAUCACUACCAUCCCUCCAUCCAUUGUGCAGAAGGCCGUGCCGAAGGAGCGCUACCAAUCGAUUUCACGCUCCGGCAACGAAGGCCACACGCCAUCGACGGUGAAAAAGUUCUCCACACUCGUGCCCAAGGAUCAGUACAAUCCGACCACCUUCAAACCGAACGCGAUCAGCAAGAAGGCGCUGCUUCAGUUCGUCAACCAGAAGAGUGUCAUCGGGCUUGAUAAGUCACCGUUCACCGAUCGUGUCAGUAUCACUACCACGACCAGUACCACCGAGAAGGCACCGGCACCAGCAACGACCCGCUACCCGGGUUACAUUCCAACCAUACCGCCCGUAACGUCCACGUCCACAUCCACCACGACGACUACGACGCGUGCUCCCUUCACAAGCACUACCACCACCAACACACCACCGCCGCCCAACCGAUUCUUCCAGCCUCCGAUUUCAAAAUCGAACCUACUGACACAGUCCCCCAUCGUGGUAACCUCGGCCAAACCGGACCCGACCGAAAUCGACGAAGACGACGGUCAGUAUCAUCCGGAGCUGUACGAGAAAGACUUCUAUCGCAAUCGCGUAAAGGCGAAGGCGGCAGCAGCGGCUGCUCUUGCCCAGGCCCGCAACUCCAACGGUCUUGCCUCACUGUCCACCAGCGAUGAGGAAGAAAUCUUCCGUACCGCACACUCCCAGAACAUUGCCGCCAGCGGUAACGAUCUGAUACUGGAGCGUGCGCGUCAGGCAGCGGCCCGCAUCAAUGAAUUCUUCUCGUCCUCCUCGGUAAAGCCAACGACGGCACGCAAAGACCAAAAGGACGGUCAACCGGAACCGGUCACACCGAAGACGAAACCUCACAAGGACACGGGCCGGACCAAGUCUUCCCAUGGGGCGAAGGGUACCAGCAGCAGUAGCAACGCUACGCCACGUCCAUUCUCCAAGGCUCCAACGAUUCCACCGAAUGCGACCAUCACCAAGCGGCCACCGGAAGACGAUAGUUACGACUACGCGUACUACGACACCGGCAGUCCCGACGUACCCGAGUACGACAUCAUCGAAGACUUUGGUCGGAAGCGGGUCUGAGGUUUAGGAUGGUUGUAGACUUAACGCUGGGAUGAUUCUUCCCAUUUUCGUGGAUGUGUGAAUGCGCGUGUGAAUGCGUAACGUGCCGUGUGCGCCAUUCGGUGCAUACUCCGGCAUGGAGGUAUGACUGGAACUAGUGUCAAGGAAUGCGUGUGUGUUUAUGUGGAUGAUUGAUUAGCUGUGUAAGUACGGAUGAAACGAUGAUGGCCAGAUGGAAGAAGCCGCUCCUUCCCCCAUACGUCAUUGAUCGACCUGUCGGAGUCAAUGAAGGUGAGCGGCUAAACGUGGUAAUGACGCUGGUCAUAUAAACGCAAAUAUAAACGCUAUACAUAUGAUGAUAAUAUAUUGCCAUUAGCAUUAAAAACACAUUCAUCCAUCGGUUGGCCAGAGGAGAGUGUGUUCACGGGAGGAAACGAAAAAAAACAUAGAAUGGUGCGUAGAAAGGAGACGGUAAAUGGACGGAUGUUCGUCUGGGACAUCCAUCCCAACGGAAAACCCAGCAGGAAGCCAGUAUUUGUAGUAAACUCUCAAGCGCGAAUCGAUUUUCUUUUCUUUUUUUGCACGCCCGUGUGUGUUUGUAUUCAAUUACAGAUGUAAAAUACGUUUUUCUUCCUUUUUUCUCUUACUACCUUUUUCAUUUCUUUUUGGUUUAGUUUUAUUUUUUGGAAAGCAUAUCUUAAAAGUUAUCUUAUGUUUUCUUUUUUUUGCGAUUAUUGUACCAUGCAUUACAUAUCUCAAGACACACUUUAGCAAGAAUUUAAAAACACAUUUUUGCACUACUUUCUCUCUCGAUUAAAGAACGUCUCAUUCUACACACGUGCUGUAGUACUAUUAGGAUUUUUUGUUUCAUCUCAGCAUGACUUCAUUUUUAUUCGCUUUUAACAGACGCUCAGACGAUAAUGCUAGCGGUGACAUGAUUUUGGGUCAAGUGUCCCCAAUCUGGUAACAGACAGACACAGUUGGGAGGAAAAGAUUGUUGUAAAUAAAUUUCUUUAAUCAAACAGUAA